AUGAGUACCGCCGAUGUUGCAGCAGAGGCUGCCGACGUCACCACUAGUACGCAGGGCAGGGUUGACAACCUGGAGAGAAAAGUUUCAGGCCUGACGGACGAGGUACAGCAGCUGGCUGGGCUGCUUCGAUCCGCUCUCGGAAAGUUAGAGAAGGAGGGGGAGUCCGGCGGCGCUGGGGUGGGCGCUGUCGUUACGGGCGAUGCGCCCACCCGCGGUACCCAGGAGGGGGCACCGCAAAACGAGGGAAUCACGCCACCCUCAGACCCGGCGGUUGGGCCGGGCGGCGGACGUGACAGGGGAUCGCUCCCCCAAGCCGCGACGGAAGGGGCGCGGGAGGGCAACAACCAAAUAACACGGCGGGAGGGCCGUGUGCUCGCAGCUGCGACGGGAGGGGCGCGGGAGGGCGACAAUCAAUGCAGCCCCAUAGCGCGUUGGGAGGGCGUGGGGGGAAGGCAAACAUUAGCCCCAUGGCGCGUCGGACGGAGCGUGAGGGGGAGAGAAAAUCGAGGCAGCCCCGUGGCGCAUCGGAAGGGGCGAGAGCGGGAACCCCGCGGCACGUCGGAAGGCGCGUGGGGGUAGGGUACUUGCAUCGUGGUGCUAAAACGGGAACUCCUUUUGUGGCGAGGCUACAGGCCGGGACGAGCGCUGGGAGGGGAGGAACACGCAUCACAGCGCUGGAUUGUGGCACUUCGUUCUUGACGGUAUUUGGUGUUUGAUGAUAUUCGUAGGGCAGGUGGUAAAUCCUCGUGAGUUGUCAUGACUGUACUUUGGUUGAAGAGCCAGGGAGGGUGUUCCGUGUUUCUCGUAGGCGUUCGCGCCCACAUGUUCAGUAUUUCCUGAUAGUCAUUCGGUUGAGACCCUCAUUGAUUGCGGCUACGUGGUACCGUUCUCUAGGUUGCGCAAUGUGCAGGAAUAUGGGAUACUGUUGGAACCGCUGAAGGAACGUAGGAGGAAAAAUUGGGACACCAGUGUUGUACUCCACGAGAAUAAUAGAGGAUUGCCGAAAUAUGCAUGCCGGUUAUGUGUCGCUCAGAAAUAAAUGUUGGAUGGUUGCCUUCCGCCCCGGUGCGCUGUAUUUCAUCAGCGAGGGGGGGCGAUUUCGAUGUUUGUCUGAUGUUUGUUUGAAGAACAAACAGUAGUGCAGCCGCAUUGUAGUUGUUUGAACCAACUCCUCAGGAUAGUCUUGCACUUUUACUGCUUGCCAAGCGUUGGGAUAGGGCGUUUGAUGGAACGGUGAAUAUUGGUGGGGGUUUUGACCCGGAGGCCGGGUUUCCCCCUGUUGGUUUUUUUUGUUGGUUUUUUUGUCUGUUUGGUUUUUUUGGUCACAUCCGGCGUGUGAAUGCCCACUGAGUGGUUAGUUACUAGCGUAAAGAACCAGGGAGGGUGUUCGUGUGUGCAUGAGCGGGUGAGAAUAUUCCAACGGGACUGUAAGAAGUGGCUACGCAGAUAGGAACUGAUUGUCCCCUGGGUUGGUUUCAUGGUUGAUCCACGGGACUCGACCCUGCGGGAGUGCUUGCUGUGUCGUGGCACUCUCUCUCUCCCGCCGCGUCCUGAUCGUGUCUGCUGUCCUAAAUACAAGUGAUACCAUCGUCUUCAACACACAUACAUGGGUAUACAGGGUGUGUGUUCUUGUUCCUAACAGGGCGUGCAGCUGAGCAAGUGUUCUUAUGAGUAAAUUCUUAAGUUUUGGAUUUUUUUAGCAUCAAAUUCUUAAGUGCCAUAUUCUUAAACUGCGGGCCGGCACUGUAUCUGUCUCAGAAGGGGAGUCGACGCGCCGGGCGCCGCUUGUCUUUCCAGAGCAUUUGCAGAGUAUUGCUGAAGUUUGAUAAGGUUAGGGUUGCUGUAAAUGCGUCUUUCAGGUCUCUCACCCCUCUCUCCUGUCCAGUUCGUGUGGUGAUAUGAUCUGUCUGGCAGCUGCAUUGAUCCGCAGGAUCGAAAAACAGACGCACGUGUGUAUCCAGGUUGAAGUUUGUCACGCGACUGUAGACUAGCACUCUUACAAAAGUACCACCAUGACAAACAAAUGCGAAGGUGUACCGAUUCAGAAUUUACCCUCAACUGGGAACCUCUUGUGGCCAGGAUGGGUAAUUCGAUGGAAGUGUCACAAGGUUCUUUGUAGGAUCGACUCCAAGAGGUGUUCUCAGGACUGACACACAUUGUGUCCUUGGGAAAAUAUCCAAGUCAGGAGAAAAAGUGUGCACCCAGGAGAUUCGAACCAGUAUCCCGCUGACGCCAUAUGUAUGCGAAGGUGUACCGAUU